AUGAGCGAAGACCAUGUCGAAACGCCACUGGCGCACGUUGGCGGCUGGGCUUUGGACGUGCCCCUGAUUGCACCGCUCGUCAUCGACUUUCAGGAUGACAUCCUGUCCGACACGCUUCCAGACUGUCUUGACACUGGACUGGCUAUGACUCACGCCAAUGAACGGCAGCUACAGCAGCAGCCGCACAACGAUGGAGACGUGGCCGACACGCCCCUUGACGGCGCAGAAGACAAUGUCGCCGUUCGCAUCUUAAACACUGCCGACCAGGGGUCGGCCGCUGAGAGGGCCAAGUUCUACCGAGAACGUGCGAUUCUGUGUUUGGGAGGGCUGGCUAGCAAGCUCGUCUAG